AAAAAUUGAACCAGCGACGAUUUGAUAAAACAAAUUGUGCCAAAAUAUUAUUCAUCUAUAUAGAUUGCUUAUCGCAAUUGGUAACAUGUCCAGUGUUUAGUGUAUUCUUCAAUAAAUAUUCAUUUUGUAUUUUGUCAUUGAAAAAUCUGUGUUCCAAAAUACCAUUCCUGUUGGCGAAAAGUCAAAGUAACAAAAAAAAAAUAAACAUAUAUACAACAGAAAUCACAAUCAAAAUCGACUACGUGUUAAUAUUAUAUUGGAGUCAAUAUUUUGUUGUUCAAAUGUUCAAACGUGAUGAAAAAUUGUGUCCAAAAUGCAAUUUGUUGUGUUUGCUAAUAGAAAUGAUGCACUUUUAGUGGUGCCCAAACAAUACUUUCAAUCUCAUUGUUGUGCAUGCAUGACAAAACAAAACAUCAAACAUGAGCAAGGAACAAAUGAAAUCUAUCGCAUUUAAACAAUAAUAGAUUAAUAGAUAGAUAGAUAGACAGAAAAAAAUAAAAAUAAAAAUUUUCGGCGAGUCUACAUACUCGAGAUUAAGUGAAUUAUAAAACGCUAAACAAAAGCGAAAUUUUUUGUGAAUGUAAUUUGAUUAUUAUCUAUAAAGUGAGCCAACGAAUUCAUAACUCCAUCACAGUCCCCGAUCACUUUCUUCGCAUCAAUUUGGAUUAGUCAAUUGAAAUUCUUCAAUGGUGCGAGACAAGUAAAUUGUGAGUAGGCGAUCGUAUACCUGACACUUGACGCAUGAAUAUGUGGUCUUCAUAUAAUUGGCUUAGUUUUCAUUGGAUAACCAUAACAAUCAAUUAUUAUCGAGGAAACUGUUUUAAAAAUGAAUUCCGUAUUUUCGGCAUUUAAGGGUAGUAAAUCUGACGGUAGCAUACAAUCAAAUAAGGUGAAAAAAAUUGGCUCGACCAACAGUAGUAGCUAUGCAAAUCUAUUAAAUCUACGGCACAUUCGUGAAAUUGGUUCAAGCGCAAAGAUGAGCUCAUUUGUUGGUAACAAUGAUGACGAUGACAUUGCUCCCAAUUUACGAUUGACCAAAUGUCCAACAACAGUGAAUUCAACAUCGGCAUCCACAUCAACGCCAUCAUCACCGUCAACAUCGUCAAUGGAACAAAUCAUUCCACAAUCAACCAAACAAAAUACACACCAAAUUGAUUGCGACAGCAAUAGCAAUGGCAACGGCAACGCCAUCAGCACCAUCAUCACUACCAUUCACACCGAAUCAAGUCAUGUAAAUAUUGAUAAAAAUAUCACAACGUCAACGGUAAAUGACACAAAACCAAUGGCGAACUCAUAUGACCAGCAGCACACGUCUUCAGUAAUUCCAGUUAUAAAUUCUCAGUCAGUAGCCAGCUACACAAACAUUCCGUCAAAUGGCGCACAGGUAGCGAUGGAUGGUGUCACCGAUCAUAGUUCAAGAGAUAGCGAAAAUAAAGAAAACACCGACACAACCAACCCGUCCACAAAUACGUCCGAUUUAGCGUGUCUUAGCGAUUCACCAAUUGUGUCAAAUGGUACAGAAGAUUCUAGCACGCAUCAAACGCAUUGCGAUGCCAUACAAUUGAAUGAUGGCAAUGGUAUACAUACGCCAAUAUUAUCAGCUGCAUCAAAUAAGAAAUUGAAUCGACAUGGCGAAACGAAUGCACCAACAACAUCGAAUAAAAGUACGAAUAAUCGAUUUUAUAAACGCCUUAGUCUCAGCGGUAUAGGUAGCAAUCCAUUGCCAUCGGUUCAUGGUCGAUCGACAUCUAAUUCACAAAAUGGUAGCAACGGCAAUUGUGGUGAGACAAAACGCACCAGAAUAUCCACACAUCAACGAAAUCUUAGUCUGGACUUUAGGUCGAUGGGCAUUCUUUUGCCGCCAGUCUCACAAGUAACAAACACACGAAUCAACCUAACACAACAUCAUCGAAAUCGCAGCCUUGAUAGUGCACUUCAACGAAUCCCAGAGGUGGAAGUAUCGUCGCCAAACGCUGAAUCAGAGAACAUAUUGUGCACCAAUUCAAUUUUGGGCACAACAAUGUGCAGUAAAGUGGCACCAUCGUCCGCAACCAAUCCAAAUAAUACACCAAUCGCUGUUUGCAGCAAAGCCAGCGUAAUCGGAUCAUGUCCGACGAGGAGUAAUAACUUGGCCAAUUCAAACAAUUCCGAAAAGGUCAAAUGUGACAAUGUUUCAAGUAAUGGCGAUAGUACUACGAAGAAACGAGAAGAUUUGACUAGUUUAGGAUCUGACGAUUCAGGUAUAAUAUGUAGUUCGGAAACAGAUCAAGCCUCGUUGACGAGAAUGCGACGAUCGAGAGAAAGUCUUGACUCUGGUGAAAUCGAUCCGGAAGAAGAAUGCAUCGAAAUAUUGGAGACCACAUCCAUGGACGAAGAAUAUAAAACACUGCAAUCGGAUUUAACAUUUUAUGCAGCUUCCGAUGAUGAUAAACUUGCAACAAAAUCAAAUAAGAAUAAAAGUACUGGCCACACGUCAACUUUUGAAACGAAUAUAGACGAUAAGUGCAAAUACAGAGAUCAAAAUAUGAGUCAUUUAGCCAAAUACAUGGAAAAGCGUAACCAAAAAAUCUUUGUUCCAAUCGAAUUUGAGGAUGAAAUAACGGCAACAGCAACAAAUUCAAAAGCGGCUUCCACACCAACCAAUGAACAAAUGUUGUCAUCACUGUCUGAUCAGCAGCUCUCACAGAAAACCGAAACGAAUACAAAAGGCAGCAAAUCACCGAAACUGGAUAACGAAUCAAGCGAACAAGUUAAGCCAGAGCAUAUAAAAAACGAUGUUAUUUUCAAGAAUAUUUUUGGUGCAACAAAAAAUGCAAUCUUUCGAACGGCGCAAAGUAUCAUCGAAAAUCAUGAAAAGAAAAACGCACAAAAGAAUAACAAAACCGAAUCGGAUGAACAAAAUCAAACAAAACAAUCGAGUGAAAUAUCAAAGCGAAAAGAGUUCUUCAUAUUGAAACCAUGCUCGAAAAAUCGAUCAACAACAGCUUCUUCGUCGGCCGAAACCACACCGGAUGCUGAAAAUGUUCAAUUGCAAAAAACCGUGUCAGCGUUAACAUUCACCGCCAAAGAUAAGGAAAAAGUUCGGGUACCUGGUGUUGUAAAAUGUUUCAUUAAGUCAAAUAAAGAAAUCGAACAAACGACUAUAUCGCUUCCGAAAAUUGAGAAUGGUCACAACGGUUUGCUGCGAUUCUUCGAAUCACCAAUCUUUAAUAUUCAUUUUGGCAUUCAUUAUUUAUUCUAUUCGAAAGAGCCGGGCGUUUUAAGUUUCAUUGGAAAUAAAAUCUUCAGUUUUAAAGAUCAAGAUGUGGAUUUAUAUAUUCCGCAGCUAAUACUGAUGUACAUUCAAAUAGACGAUUUGGCUGAGGCACUUGAUCCAUAUUUGGUUUAUCGUUGCCGAAAAGCGGCCGAUUUUUCAUUGAAAUGCUCGUGGCUAUUGGAAGCAUAUAAUUACAGUUUCGAUUCGUUUUCACAGCGUUCAAGCGAUAAAAAAUCCCAUCUUAGUUUAAUCAAAGAACUUUAUCCAAAACGUGAACGAAAACAGCUGCGCAUUGAUGAGCCAAAUGAUAAAUUGGAUGUUAAAGAUGUAAAAGAUUUACAUUCACCGAUCAAGAAAACUCAUCAUCGAUCUCAAUCAGAUGCAACUGGUUUGCUAACAUUAAAUGCACCAAAACUAUUUCAAACACCGGUUCGAUUAUGUUUGGGCGAUUUAUCAACCGGACGAGCAUUCGAUAAUGGUUGUACGUGUUUUGAGUCUGUACGUGGUGCGGUCAAUGAUUUAUUGGGUUGUAAAACGGUUUGUACAUGUGGUGCACCAAAAUUGGCUGCUCAACGUGAAUUUGUCAAAUCGCUCAUCGAUAUUGGACGUAAUUUGACACAUUUACCAUCGAAAACGGAGAAAACGAGCAUUCUUCGGAUGCGAUUAAAUUUAAUAAAUAAAAAUCUACCAGCUCGUGUAUGGCUUCCACUCAAUUCCGAUAUUCCACAUCAUAUUGUUCGUAUCAAAGAAGAGAAAACCGCCGUACUAAAUUCAAAAGAUAAAACACCUUAUAUUAUUUAUGUUGAAGUUGUUGAGGUUAGUGAUAUUUAUACAUCACCAGUGAUUCCAAAAAUGAUGCCUUCAUUAAGACACACCAAAAGUGAAGAGCAUCUUGACUCAAAUUUAAGUGCGUCACCAAUGCAAAACGAUCAUUCAUCAACGAUAGAGAUAUGCAAUAGUUCGACAUUAAAAACGUCCCAUACAAAUCUAGAUGUGAACAAAUAUUGGCAGGAAUAUGGUAUCAGCGAUGAUGAUGCGUGGUUGCCGGAAGAUGAUGAAAUAACCGCUCAGUAUCUUAACAUGUAUAAAAUCGCUGACCGAGAUUCAAUGUCACAAAUGUCGCUUGACUCGAUUGAUUCGAGGGAACAAAGCGUAUCUGGUCCAGUUGUGUUCAAUAUUGGUGACGUGCGAACGAGGCAUACAAAUAACUUGAAUAUUGAAAAUACAAAACCAUUUUUCGGAGAUCCUGAAGAUCCAUCUGCUGCUGCAUUAAAAGAACCAUGGCAUGAAAAAGAGCGACAAAUUCGUGAAUCAUCACCUUAUGGACAUUUAUCAAAUUGGAGACUUCUUUCGGCUAUUGUCAAAUGUGGAGACGAUCUUCGACAGGAAUUAAUGGCAACACAAUUAUUAGAGAUUUUCAAAUUAAUUUGGCAAGAAGAGAAUGUCAAUUUAUGGGUUCGACCAUACAAAAUUGUGUGCCUCUCAAAUGACAGUGGGCUGAUUGAACCAAUUUUGAAUACCGUAUCAUUACAUCAAAUUAAAAAGAACUCAAACAAAAGUCUACGUGAUUAUUUCAUUGAUGAAUAUGGUAGCCCCGAAACAGAAAGUUUUAAACUGGCACAAUACAAUUUCAUGCAAAGUUGUGCGGCUUAUUGUUUGAUUUCCUAUUUGCUUCAAGUCAAAGAUCGACAUAAUGGCAACAUCUUAUUACAUUCCGAUGGUCAUUUAAUACACAUCGAUUUCGGUUUUAUCCUCAGCAUUUCGCCAAAGAAUUUAGGUUUUGAGCAAUCGCCAUUCAAAUUAACACCGGAGUUUGUUGAUGUAAUGGGAGGAGUAGAAUCACCACUAUGGACUGAAUUCCAGCACUUAUUACUCAAAGGUUUAAUGGCUGCACGAAAGCACAUGGACCGAGUCAUCAAUAUUGUCGAAAUAAUGCGAAGUAGCGCGCAAUUACCAUGCUUCAAAAAUGGUUGUGCGGGUACAAUUCGCAAUUUACGAAAUCGCUUUCAUAUGAACUUGACCGAACAGGAGCUGGAAAAGAAAGUUAUUGGUUUAGUGCAAGAUUCACUAAAUUCACUCUCAACCAAAUUAUACGAUGGAUACCAAUAUUUAACGAAUGGAAUUUUGUGAGAACGAUUUUUCAUGAAAAUUUAAACACACAUACACUCACAAACACGGUGGAAUCGCUUCAUAAAAUAACAUAACAUAUACAUAAAACAUAAAAUGUGUGGAGCAAUAAGUAAUGGUUCCGUUUGCACGCCAAAAUAGCAGUUAAAUGAUUGCUUGCUUUACAUAUCGAAAACUGUUCAAAUGAUAACAAAACAAAACUAAAAUUUAAAUUCCAAACCGAACAAAAGCAUUAUCAUUAUAAAUAAUUAAAAUAAUGAACAAAAAAAAAUACCUAUUCAUAUGGACCAAACACAGAACUAUUUAACCGAAUCAAUCAAAACAAGAGCUCUUCUCAACUAAGAAAAAGGUGACCAAAACCUUAAUAACACACACACACACACAAUUGCGAGAUGUCAUAAGUAAACAUAUUCUUGAAAUCAUUUAAACGGAACUGAAUCAUGAAUGCAUUUUCAAAACGAUAAGAUAUAAACAACAAACAAAUGUAAAUUGCGCAUUGAAACAGUUCACCGUUUUAAAGUAAUAAGUGAUCCAACAUUUCCAAAGACUUGUCCAACCAGACCUAGAAUCGAAUCGAAACUGAAUCGGAAAUUAAUUAUUUAUGAAAACAUUAAAAAAAAGAGAACAAAACUAAGGCGGACAAAAUUGAUUCGAAAAUUAUGGAUGAUAACGAUUAGGAAUUCAAGCGAAUUUUGCACGUCGACAGAUCGGUUUUAAAUUAAACAAACAUUUUAAAUUGAAAUAUGACGAAUAAUUUGAUAUAGACAAACAAACAAAAAUCAUCGUCAGGAAAAAAAAAAUUACUUUUUACACCAUAACACACCUAAUAUUGUGAUUUGUACGGUUAAGUAUGUACGUUUUCUACGUAAAAAAAAAUCUAUCAAAUUACUCUUUUUAUUAAAUCAACAAACAACAGCAACAACAAUAAUUAACCCAUUUCAUUGAAAUGUCAAUGGACUUAACUAAAACUAAACUAAAUAACUGAAUUUAUGCGAAUGUAAUACUCAAAAUAUUGAAUUAAUACAACAACAACAAAAUAUAAAUCAUAAGAGAAACAAAUAGCAAUAUGACCUAUUGAAAUAAUGACAUGGAAAAUGAUUAUAGCAAAAAAUAAUGCCGGUGCAGCCAAUAUUAAUUCUUGUUAAAUUCGCAGUAGAGUGUUUCUACCAAAAAAGAAGAAAAAAAUUAUUUUUUAAAAGAAACUCGAAUUGGCUUUAAUGUGUUUCUUUUUUCCUAUUUUCAAUUUCAACUCAAUAUUUAAUUGAUAUAAACGUUUAGACAAGAUUUAAAAAAAAAAAAAACAAAUCGUUAGAAAAUUUAUGGAAAAAGUGUUCUCUAAUAAAAAGCAUGUCACAUUGUAAAUAAAUACAUAAAACUAAUUGUUAUAAUAAAUGGUAAACAAAAAUAAUAGCUAAACCAAUCAAUUCAGCUUAACCGCAUGUGAAUAAGUAAAACCAAUUUCAAAUGGAAAAUUUAAAUUAAUUAAACGUAAAAAUGUUCGAAAUUAAACGGAAAAUAUUAUGAUGGAAAAAAAAUGAUCAAUUGUUGCCUUAUUCGUUUAUUUUUAUGAAUUGCCAUCACCUGCUGUAAAAUUCAAAUUAUUAGCAUCGCUUUUUGUGUUAAUAUCUAUCUUUUUUUUCUUAUUUUCUUUUUGUUUGCAAUCCAUACUAAAUUAUGAUUUGAACUCUGCGUACAACGGAAACAAUUGCGAUAAUUAAUCAAAAAAAAUGUGUUGCACUGAGAAUAUAAAAAGGAAAUACUGACGAAGAAAAAAAUAUAUAAAAAAACAAAUUCAAGACUGAUUAUAAAUGCAAUUUCACUUCAGUUCGAAUGAAUAGAGCAAUCUAGAAAGCGACAAGAACUCAAAUCAAGAAACUGACGUUAAAUGUUGAAAACCACACACAUACACACACACACAUACUUUGGCGCUAGUCGAAAACAAUUUUAUUAGGAAAAAAAACAUUGAGAUGCGAUCGGUCAAUAGAUUGUCGUAGGUUUCACACCUCCCGAACGUAAAAUGAAAGUAUAUUAUAAACAAAACGAAUUUAUAAGCUGGAAUAAACGAUGAGUUAGUCAGAUUUUUUUUAUUUUUAAAGAUUAUUAUACUCGAUGCAAAGAAACGAUCUAUUUUCACCUUUUUUUUCAAUUUAAUUUUCGAUUUAUAAAUAUUGUUGCGCAUGGCAAUUAUAAUUUAAGCUUUCUGUAGAUUAAAAUGAUACGAACAAAUAAAUAAAAUGAAUAUUUUAUAAUUAUCAAACCCGAUAUGACAUGGAAUAGUGGCAUUUUGCCAUUUGACAGCUGGCAGUCAUAUGAGAUGCCUUUGUAUUCUUCAGCUCAUUCAAACACACAUACACAUACACAUAAAUUUGCUUUGAACUAACAAUUUUCCAACAUAAAUUCAAUAAUUUUCACAUUCUUCAUGAAGAAGAGAAAAAAAAACAAUGAAAAAAAAAAAAUAGAACAAACAAAUUUUGCGGAAUAUUCUUUAGAAUUGUGUGAAGAUGCAAAUAGACCUUGUGUAUUAUUUAUAGAAUCGAAUAAAAGUCGUGUCGAAUAAAUUGUAUGAAAUUAUAGCAGAGUUUCUAACAUUUUUGGACUGUUCCGUUAUUCGAUUUGGGGUGUAGAUUAUCGAAAUCCACAUUUUUCAUACUGUACCAAAUUGAAGAUUGAAGUAAGAGCAAUGAGGCCAUUUGAUGUUGCCGUUUUGAGGAAAAAAUGUCAAUUUGAAAAUUCCAAAGGAUCUAUUUGCGAGUUCCAAGCAGACACCGAAUUCACCAUAUGAUCAAUCAUCAAAUUCUUCGCGGUCAUUGUCAGUACUUGAAAAUAUCCGAACAAUAAGGUUCUGUAACUAUCGUGCACAUCAUUCGAAACUGGACAACAAUGUCGAUAAAUUACGCCACCAAGUACCAGAAAGAAAGUAUUUUCUUUGCCGGUCAGCAACCGAAUAUCAAUAUGCAUUACAAGAGAUUAUAAAUUGAACACCGAAAUUUACUUAACACGAUUUUGAUUUUCGUUAAAUGUAAAAAUAAGUAAUACACGACGUCAGUUUGUCCACACACCUAAGUGUCAAACGGUUACACACUAUGCUAUGUUGAUAUUCUGCAUUGUUUGUAAACGUAAAAGUAAAAUGACUAAUUUAAGGUUUAUUAUAACAUUGUAAAUUAAAUAAAAUAAACAACAUUUUUUAAGCAA